AGAAUCCGUGGCUACUAUAGCGAGUGUAUCGUCGUGCCAGUUGCUGAUCCAGGAGCUGUAACCUGUUCGUUCGCGUAUACUUGCUGGAGUCUUGAAACUCCGAUAAAGUAAUAACGCCGAUCGGCGAGUUCUUCUUUAAGUGCUCCGAUAAUUCGAUGAUUCUAACGUAUCAAAAAUUUAAAUAGCGAACAUUUUCUUAUAUUGAAGUCUAUGAGACUUCGCCAACUACAGUGAUACUCUUACAGACUCGUGCGGAGAUCAUCAUUGCGAAAGAGUCUCGUUCGAAGAUCUCUUUGGCGCAUUGAAAUGACGUCUGAAGAUUAAUUUCUGAUUGAGACAUUGAGAUUUUUUCGAGUGCACUAUAGCCGCGAUUUCACACGGUGCAAUCUGCACGUAGCAGACGAUAAAUAAGACGCGAUCUCUCUCGCGAUCAUGCAAGUCCGCGGCAGAAGUUCAACGCGCCCCUUAGACGCAUCCCGGUGCACGUGCAUCCUGUUGCAGCUCGCGUGCGCGACUAUCAUCCCGAUCGGCGCCGUCGCUCAUUCCCAUAUGAACAUUUCAGACGCCCAGGAAUGCAAGGAUUCAGACUUCAAGUGCACCAACGGCAGAUGCAUACCGAAUAUAUGGCAUUGCGAUGGCGACCGAGAUUGCACGGAUGGCGACGAUGAGGAUCCUGCUAUUUGCAACGACACUUGCCGGUCUGACGAGUUUACUUGUGCGAACAAGCACUGUAUCCAGCAGCUCUGGGUGUGCGACAACGAUAACGAUUGUGGGGAUAACAGCGACGAGAAAGCUUGUGGGCCGACAACUUGUAAUCCUGGCACUGAUUUCGCGUGUUCCGAGAAUUAUUGCAUAACUUCGCGAUGGAGAUGCGACGGCGAUUAUGAUUGUCCCGAUCGAUCCGAUGAAAUAGGAUGCAAGGAAUCUGCGAACAAAGAGAGAACUAGCCAUUGCGACAAGGAGUUCGAUUGUGACGAUGGCGUUACUUGCAUCCAUCAGACAUGGGUAUGUGAUGGUGAGAAGGAUUGUCCGAAUGGUGCGGACGAAUCUCCACAGAGAUGUCACAAUGUUACCUGCAGAUCUGAUCAAUUUCAAUGCGAAGAUCGACGUUCUUGCAUCUCGGGUCACCUAUAUUGCAACGGUAAAGCGGAAUGCGCCGACGAAAGCGACGAGAAGAAUUGCACAAGUAAAAUCGUAAGCUGCGAUCGACGGAUUCAAUUUGAAUGUAGUGAGGGUUCGUGCAUUCCUCUGGAGAAUGUCUGUAACAAAAAUCCAGAUUGUAUCGGCUGGGAGGACGAGAGCGCUGAACUUUGCGGGGUGAAUGAAUGUGCGAUACACAAUGGUGGAUGUUCGCAGAUUUGUGUCGAUCUGCCUAUUGGUUAUCGAUGCGACUGUCACGCGGGUUAUAGACUCAUCGACAAUCGCACAUGCGAUGAUAUUGAUGAAUGUUUGGAGCCCGGCAGCUGCUCUCAGUUUUGCCAAAAUGAAAAGGGCAGCUUCAAGUGUAGUUGUGCCACUGGUUAUCUUAAAGAUCCGCGGAACUCGACACGUUGUAAAGCUGCAGAAGGUCACGCAAGCCUGUUGUUCGCCCGUCGACAUGAUAUUCGAAAAGUAGCUCUGGACCGCCAAGAAAUGACUGCCAUCGUUAAUAAUACAAAAAUGGCAACAGCUUUGGACUUCGUCUUCCGCACUGGGAUGAUCUUCUGGAGCGAUAUUAGCGAAAAGAAAAUUUACAAAGCUCCAAUAGACGAAGGAAAUGAGCGCACAGUCGUUAUCGAGAAUGAUCUUACUACAUCGGACGGAUUGGCAGUUGAUUGGAUCUACAGUCACAUUUAUUGGACAGACUCUGGAAAAGAUACCAUUGAAUUGGCCAAUUUCGAAGGAAAUAUGAGAAAGACUCUGAUACGAGAUCGCAUUCAAGAACCUAGAGCGAUAGCUCUGAAUCCUUUGGAAGGUUGGAUGUUUUGGACAGACUGGAGUGACGAAGCUCGCAUCGAACGAGCUGGCAUGGACGGCACUCAUCGAUCAGUGAUUGUAGGCAAUGAUGUCAAAUGGCCUAAUGGCUUAGCUCUAGACUUGAUCGGCAAGAGAGUAUAUUGGGUAGAUGCAAAGUUGAAUAUCAUAGGGUCCUGCAAUUAUGAUGGUACUGGUAGACGAACGGUUCUCUAUUCUCCGAAUAAUCUCAGACAUCCCUUCAGUAUUACAACCUUCGAGGAUUAUGUAUACUGGACUGACUGGGACAAAGAAACGAUCUUCAAAGCAAAUAAAUUUACUGGGAAAGAAGUGGAAGCCGUAACGUCGAUUAGAACGCUUCAACAUCCGAUGGUAGUCCAUGUAUAUCAUCCUUAUAGACAGCCUGAUGGAAUGAAUCAGUGUCAGGCUGUCAACGGGCAUUGCAGCCAUUUAUGUUUGCCGGCACCUAAAAUCAACUCUAGAUCGCCACUGUUGUCAUGCGCCUGUCCCGAUGGUUUACGGCUAUUGCCCGAUGGAUUGAUGUGCGUGGAAAAUGUUACUACGACCGUUGCACCGUCCACGCAAGCAGCAAUGAUGCCGUUCCAGAGGCUCAAACCUCUGAAUGUUACAACGACUCUCAAUCCAUUAUCCGCAGCAGAUGCAAAUGGAAAGAAAAAUUUAGCAACCGAAUCAACAGAUCCUGGCUUAGUCGCCGGCAUUGUGAUAGGCGUAGUAUCCUUAGGACUAUUAUUACUCGCACUUGUGGCGGUACUCUGCUACAGGCAUUAUCUUCAUCGUAAUGUCACUAGUAUGAACUUCGAUAAUCCCGUCUAUAGAAAGACUACAGAGGAUCAGUUUAGUCUUGAAAAAAAUAGGUUUCCGCUUCCCGCAGCUACAGUUGGAGAGGAGGCUCAGGAACCAUUGACAAGUCCUGGAACAAACGAUUAUGUUUAAGACUCAAUCUGUCUUCACCCAGAGGGCUUAACAGGCUACUGAAAUACUAUAUCGACCAAGUGAUAAAACCAUGUAAAGAAAACCGAGAUAUUUGCGUCGAAAGGGUUUGUCCAAAUGCAUCAUGCCUGCGCUCGCUCGCGAACCUGCCAACCAACUGUGAUUAUGUUUAUUUUUUGUAUCUAUUUCUUUACAAAUUUUAGCACUUUGUCACUCAGAUAUAUGUAUAUUAUGCGUUGCGUGUGCAACAUAUUUAGAUUUGUGCUCAGCGGCAUAAAGGGAGAAAUAUCUAAACAAACUGUUGCCAAAUAUGCGAUCUUAUCUUCAUGUAUCCAAGUAGUUCGAUAAGAGAGUUUAAGAUUCCUAUUUAAUAUUUUUCCCAUUGAGUUAAACACACACAUACAAUAUAUAUAAUUUGUAAUAUAACACUUUUUAGAUGAAUCUAUAUAACAUCAUGGCCUGGCGCACGUAGUGUGUGAUUUUACAUGCGCUAUGUAUAUGUAAGAAAAUAUCACAAUUUGUUAUUGUUUAAUUAUUUAUUUAGGAAUAUGUAGUGUGAAUGUAAACUAUUUUUUUGGUAGUCUCUAGGAGCACAAGAUAUUACUUUUUUUUUUAGUAGUAUCUUAUAGAAGUAAUAUGUAAAUAACGCGAAAUCUUACACAUAACUUUCCUCCUUUCUUCCCGUGAUGUUUGAACUACUUACAAAUUAUUAGACGAGCUGUUAAAACAUGAUAUAAAAGUUAUAGUGCAUACUGUGAAAUAAAUUAUCAUCAAAGUAAAGUAAAGAAUAAGCGAUAUAUGAUUUUUAUUAUAUCUAUUAUUAUAUGCAUAAAAAUUAUACAUAAGAAAAAAAAA